UCUUCUUCUUUUCUUUCCCCCGCACUGCCCCGCACAUGUCGUAGUCGCCGCAUGGUGUUUAGGUUAACCGUGAAGGAUUAAUUUUACUUGAUUUCCUACACACAAGUUAUUUACGCCCUCACUGCAAGAUGAAGUCAGUUGCUCAGCCGAAAAAGAUGAAAACUGCCAUUGGCAAGGUUUCGAAGAACAAAGUGUUGAAGAAGAAAGAGAAAGAUCCAUCAAUCAAAAAGAAAGCGGCAGUUCUAGAACUGGCCUGUGAAUCCUUAAGUUCUCCUGACAAGAAGAAGGUUUCAAAAUCUUUAAAGAAGUCCAAACUUGUGAGUUCGGAGCCUAGUUCAUUUCAAAAACCAAUCAAAUCCAAGAAAGCUGAUGUGGCCUUCACCUCUAAACUGGAGAAGCCUUUAGUUGGUCCAACUCAAUCUCCCAAAGGUAAACGGAAGGUGAAGCAAGAAGAAAAUGUUGUUGAAAGUGGAACUCUUGAGACACCCCUUAAGAAAAGGGUUAAGAAAUCAGAAGUGCCUAAAAAGUUGAAGAAAUCUAAGUCAUCAAAAGUUGUGAAAACAGUAGUAUCAAAAGUACAUGAUGAAAUCGAUCUCAGCUGCAGUCUAAACAGGAAUUUGCUUGAAGGAGUUGUCUCAGGUACAUUGAAACUUGUACAUCAGAAACAAGAGACUGAGGAAAAAAAGGAUCUUUUUGGCUCUCAGCCACAACCAAUCAACUUGCAAAUCAAUGUUCACAAAAUACCUGUAACUCCUUUCAGGAUUGUUCGAUGUGUUGUCCCUAAUUCUAUCUGCGUUUCGGAGCCUGAUGUUUGUCUAAUUGUACCCGACUUCCAAAGAGGACGUAAGAGAGACACCACGUUUGCCAAACAUGCUGAACAGUAUGAAGAAAAACUGAUGGAGUCUGGUACCAAAGGUAUCAAACAGGUUAUACCUUUUACUCAGUUGAGGUAUGAGUACAAACAAUUUGAAUUAAAGAGAAGAUUAGCAAGUAUGUUUGAUGUGUUUCUCUGUGAUGGUCGAAUUCAAGGACAUUGUUAUCAUUUUCUUGGUAAAGCAUUUGAAAAGGCAAAGAAGACUCCUGUUCCUAUUCAUGCUAUGACGAAAGUCAAUGGCAAACUAUCAUUCCAGCCGGAUCUUCAGAGUGAAGUAGACAGAGCACUUCGCAAAGUAUCUCUUACUUUACACUCUCAUGGAUCCUCAUACUCUAUCCAAGUUGGCCAUUCUGGAUUUACACAGAAGCAGCUUGCAGACAAUAUUCAAGCAGUUUGGAAGGUCUUAGAAAAGGAGUUACCUGGUGGAGUACAAAAUAUUCGAGCUGCAUAUUUGAAAGGUCCAAGAACAUCAGCAGUUCCUCUUUACGCUUCUCUUGCUCCUCCAACAAGUGUCCCUUAUGUAAAGUCAAAAACUAGUGCAGAACCAGUUGAAGAUGAGCUCAGUACUAUGCCUGGAUGCAGAGUUACUGUUUACCCAACUGGUCAAGUUAAGAUCAAGAGUGUGAAGACAGACGAGGACCGUGAGUUCAUGAAAUUAAACCCCCGAAUGGACUUUGAUGAUAAAAAGAAAAAGAAGGGUAAAAAUAAGAAACGUAGUGACAGUCGCACUAAGCAUGUGAAGACUCAAAAUAUUUCUAGUGAUGGUUCAGAUUCUCUUAAAGAGGAUGUCAAAGUGAAGGAGGAGGUUGACGAAUCUGGCGAUGACAGUGGAAGUGAGAACGAAUUCAAGGAUGUAGAAGCUGCAGAGGCUGCCUACUUGACUCAGUGGAGUGAGUCUGCCUCUAUGAAAGAACUGGAAGACGAGGAGACUAAAAACAAGAACCAACCCAAGAAAAAAAGGAAGAGAGUUGCAGCUAAAGUUGCAGCUAAAACUGAAGGGAAGAAAAUUGCUGGAAUGAAAGGGGUUUCACAGAAGCUGUCAAAAGGUGCUCAACAGAAAGGAAAGAAGGCCAAGUCGAAGAUAAACACCGAUGUAUCAAAAACCAAGUCAAAGAAGAAAAGGGCUUAAAACUUGUCUAAUUUGUUAAAGUUCAAGGAAGUGUUAUUAUUUGCAGUUUACAUUAUGUUUUUUAACAUAGGGAAAUGUCUCAACAUGAAUUCUAUCCCUCCUCAGUAUUUUGGCUGAUUGGGUUGUGCAAUACAUCUGAUGUUAGGAUGUAUAUUUUGGAAUGACGAUUAAAAUAUUAAAUAUU